AUCAAUUCAUCAGUGUGAAUUUAACAGUAGGCCGCGCAUGACGUCUUUCAAGCAAAUGUGCCACGGUAACUCUCGUCGCGUAUUUCUUUUUAAAUCUUUGUGACCUUGUAUAACCGCUUAAGUGAAUAAUUAGCUCAAAGGUACCGUGGACAAAAUAACAAAAUGUCGGAAAACGCACAUGAUAUAUUAAAAGAAGCAGCUGCGACUGCCGCGGUUACUGGAUCGCUAUUUAGCACAUUUGACAUUAUUAUGCUGAUUCUCUUAUUGGGGGCAGCUGUUUGGUGGUUAUAUAGUUCCAAGAAAGACAAUAAGAAGGACGAAAUUCUACUUAGUAAAUAUUCAAUACAACCAGCUGCUUCUUUACAAAUAGUAGAGAAUUCGUUCAUAAAAAAACUGCAAUCUUCGGGACGAAGUCUCGUUGUAUUCUAUGGGUCCCAAACUGGUACCGGAGAGGAAUUUGCCGGUCGGCUUGCUAAAGAGGGCGCCCGGUACAAAAUGAAGGGCAUGGUCGCUGACCCCGAAGAAUGUCAAAUGGAAGAACUUACGAAGUUACCGGAAAUACCCAAUUCGUUGGCUGUCUUCUGCAUGGCGACAUACGGUGAAGGCGAUCCAACCGACAAUGCUAUGGAAUUCUUCGAUUGGCUGAAAAACGAAGAUCCGAAUCUAGAAGGGCUUAACUUCGCGGUGUUUGGUUUAGGCAAUAAGACCUACGAGCAUUACAAUAAAGUGGCCAUAUUUCUUGACAAGCGUCUGGAGGAACUUGGUGGUAACAGAGUUUUUGAACUUGGACUAGGUGAUGAUGAUGCAAACAUCGAAGAUGACUUUAUUACAUGGAAAGAAAAGUUUUGGCCUGCAGUCUGUGAGAAGUUCAACAUUCAGAGCACAGGGGAAGAAGAGCUGACAAGGCAGUUCCGUUUGGUGACACAUGAACCAGACGAGUUUACUCCAAACCAAAUAUUCAAGGGUGAAAUUGCUAGACUGCAUUCACUACAAGUACAGAAACCACCUUAUGAUGCUAAGAAUCCCUUCUUAGCACAAAUAGUAGUUAAUAAAGAGAUGCACAAAGGUGGUGGCAGGUCAUGUCUUCAUGUGGAACUUGACAUUUCAAAUUCAAAAAUGCGAUAUGAAGCUGGUGACCAUGUGGCAAUCUACCCGAUCAAUGACAAUGAUUUAGUCAACCGUCUUGGUGAUUUGACUGGUGCAAAUCUUGAUGAUAUAUUCUCUUUAAUCAACACUGAUGAAGAGAGCAGCAAAAAGAAUCCCUUCCCCUGUCCGACAUCGUAUCGCACGGCUUUAUCUCAUUACGUAGAAAUCACAGCUUUGCCCCGUACUCAUGUACUCAGAGAACUUGCAGAGUACUGUACUGAUGAGGAGGACAAGAACAAGCUGUUGCUCAUGUCAACAAAUUCAGCGGAAGGCAAAGCUUUGUACCAGAGUUUCGUAGUGGACGCAUGCAGGAACAUAGUGCACAUCCUGGAAGACCUGAAAUCUUGCAAGCCCACACUGGACCACGUCUGUGAACUGCUGCCUCGUCUGCAGCCGCGCUACUACUCCAUAUCUUCCAGCCCUAAGCUGCACCCGGAGACAGUGCACAUAACGGCGGUGGUGGUGGAGUACAAGACGCCGACGGGGCGCACCAACAAGGGCGUGGCCACCACCUGGCUCGCUCACCACAAGCCUGAGGAGGGCAAACCGCUCCCAAGAGUUCCUGUCUACAUCAGAAAGUCUCAAUUUAGGCUGCCGUUGCAAACUCAGACGCCGAUUGUGAUGGUGGGUCCGGGCACGGGGCUGGCGCCGUUCCGCGGCUUCCUGCAGGAGCGCGCGCACGCCCGCGCCAGCGGCAAGGAGGUCGGCUCCACCGUACUCUACUUUGGCUGCAGGCAUCGCGACCAAGAUUACAUUUACCAGGAGGAACUCGAAGAAUAUGAAAGGAACGGCGAUGUUAAGUUGAAUGUUGCCUUCUCACGAGACCAAGAGAAGAAAGUUUAUGUGACUCAUCUUCUCGAGAACAACAUGGAUGAACUUUGGGAUAUAAUUGGCAACCGAAAUGGCCAUUUCUACAUUUGCGGUGACGCUAAGUACAUGGCUGUGGACGUGCGCAACAUCGUGCUGCGAGCGAUCCAGCAGAAGGGAGGCCGCUCCGAGGCGGAGGCGAUUCAGUUCUUGAAGAAACUUGAGUCUAUGAAGAAAUAUUCGUCUGAUGUAUGGAGUUAGAUUCAGGCUACAUGUUAGUUUAAUUUAUCUACUUAAGGACAUUAUCCAAAUAAUACAUAUUAGAAUAUGUAGAAUAUGACAGCUUCAAGCAGUAAUUGUAUUGAAAUGACUACUUUUUCAAAGUAAGAUUUAUAUAUUUUUUUAAUGUUUUAAUUGUACAAAUAUGCUGUUAAAAUAAAUUUUAUAAAAUGACGUACAAAAAACGAUAACAUAUUUUUUAUUAAAAUUGACAUGAAGUGAAAUUUAUCAUUAUAAAUAUAAUUAAUAUAUUGACGAGUCCUGAAAGGAAUAACUAUGUUAAAAAGGUAAUCGUGAUUGUUAUUGUUGUGUACAUUUCCGCGUUGUUAGUAUGUUCUAUUUAAGUGGACUGGGAUUAGACUAAGAAAAUGAGGAUAUUCUAAUUUUUUAUAUUAUCUAUCUCAAUAAACCAUUUCAUA